CACCACCGCGUUUUCCUUCUCGUGACCCAUUUUCCGAGAAAACAGGAAGAAGAAGAAGAUCCUCGCAUUGCAUCAGGAGGAAAGAAUGGCGAAGUCGCCAGAGCAAGAGCACCCGCAGGAGGCUUUCGGCUGGGCUGCGAGAGAUCCCUCUGGCCUCCUCUCUCCCUUCAAAUUCUCCCGCAGGGCGACCGGAGAGAAAGACGUGAAGUUCAAAGUGCUGUUCUGCGGGAUCUGCCACAGCGACCUCCACAGCGUGAAGAACGAGUGGGGAUUCUCGACUUAUCCCCUUGUUCCUGGGCAUGAGAUAGUGGGUGAAGUCGUGGAGGUCGGAAGCAAGGUUGAGAAGUUCAAGGUGGGAGACAAAGUGGGAGUGGGUUGCUUGGUCGGAUCAUGCGGCUCCUGCGAUAAUUGCCACGACCAUCUCGAGAAUUACUGCCCCAAAAUGAUACUGACUUAUGGUGCCAUUUACCAUGACGGGACAAUGACCUACGGAGGAUACUCCAACAUGAUGGUGGUGAAUGAGCACUUCGCCAUCAAAUUCCCGCAAAACAUGCCUCUUGAUGCUGGCGCUCCUUUGCUUUGUGCCGGGAUAACUGUUUAUAGCCCAAUGAGGUUCUUUGGGCUCGACCGCCCAGGGGUCCACUUGGGCGUGGUGGGCCUCGGUGGGCUGGGGCAUGUUGCAGUGAAAUUUGCGAAGGCAAUGGGGGUCAAGGUGACCGUGAUCAGCUCCUCUCCUGGGAAGAGGGAGGAAGCAGUCCAGCGUCUCGGUGCCGAUGCAUUCCUUGUGAGCAGCGACAUCAAUCAAAUUCAGGCUGCGAUGGGAACAAUGGAUGGUAUAAUCGACACGGUUUCGGCAGUGCACCCAAUGUUGCCUUUGAUUGGUUUGCUCAAACACAAUGGAAAACUUGUCCUCAUCGGCGCUCCUGAUCGGCCUCUCGAGUUACCCGUCUUUCCCUUGAUCAUGGGGAGGAAGAUUGUGGCUGGGAGUUGCAUCGGUGGAAUGAAGGAAACACAAGAGAUGAUUGAUUUUGCAGCAAAGCACAAGAUUACCGCUGAUAUCGAGGUCAUCUCGAUCGACCAUUUGAACACGGCAAUGGACCGCCUUGCCAAGGGCGAUGUCAAGUACCGGUUUGUGAUAGAUAUUGGCAACACCUUAAAACAAGCGUGAGGUUCCCGAAGACUCUGAUUAGAUUGCCUGUUAUGAUGUCAAGUAAUAACUUUGGUGUCCAAAUAAACUUUGACCGGGAGAUUGAGGUCGAAUGUCUGGCUAAGUUUGUUUGUCACUGAUUUUGAAGCAUAUUACCAAUACUUGGGAAGAUUAUAAUUUGACAGGUGCAUUGAACAUGCAUUAUGAUCCGUAUGUGUGUAAUUCUCUGCAGUAAGAAUUCAUUAGUUAGUGAGAACGCUGCUGUUUUGAACUUUUGAGUGUGUGCAAGAUACACAGUUUGUUUCUACAA